CGCAUUAGGGUGACCUCAUUCGGAUUCGUUAUUUCAAAGCCCCCCCCCCCCAAACUCCCCGCGUCGCCGUGGUUACCGCCUGGAGGGUCGGGGGCGCCGCUGAAGAUCAUGAGCGCGGCCUUGGGGAAAGUAUUGUCCCUGGGAAAGGAAUCUGUUUUAAAGCAAGGGUGUGGUAUUUUCAGCCUUGCAUUCAAAUCAUCCAGAAGGAAUCCAAUCUGUCCUCUAGAUUAAUCAACUGACGGCCACAUUUAGUCCCAUUUUCUUGGAAAUUAUUCAGAAUAACCUCCCCGAAGGAGUCCAUCUAUUAGUGAAAGAGCACACGGAGGAAGAUUUCAGAAUUCGACUGAAGGUCCGCACGGAACUGGAUGUGCUUCGGGCCAAACUGCAGUGAGAUGGGGCCGGUGUCCGAUUGAAGCUUUCCAUCGCUUCGAGCCGUUCUUCCAGGCUUCCCCAGCCAGCACGGGUGGACUUCCAACUCCCCAAAUCCUCCAGCACUGUAACACGCGUGGACUUCGGCUCCCAGAAUUCCCCGUUAACAAAAACGUGAAGGGCCAGGAGAAAAAGCUUGGUUUUCUCACAGCUUUCCUAUCCGACGCCUCGAUCCGGCCUCUUGCACCUCUCGAAAGAUGCUUUUCCAAGUGAUUUUUAUAAUAAAUGAAUAAAAGCGUGGAAAAAAACCCCAACGCGUAGCAUCUCUUGUGUUUCCCCCUGUGCUGCUGUCCAAGCCGUCCUUUUCAGGCAAAACUUGAUGAUUCAGCGUCUGUGCCCUGAAAGAGAUUCUCUCUGCCCAAUUCUCGGUACGGUACAGACCCACUGAAUGAGUCAUCUUCCCUAGUGGCAAAUUAGUCGAGAGGAUUUCUCUUCCACCCACAAGAGGAUGCUUGUGAGGCUCCUUUUCACAACUGUUUUGUGAAACAAGAGUUGCUUUUAUAGAUGGGUGUUGUGGC